AUGGCAGCCAUGUCUCGAGGCACCGUCACAAAGUCUCGUUCCGGAACUGGCUCAAAGCCUAAGGGAGGCACCGUUUCCUCCCGAAAACAUCGAUUCGAAUCCUUCUCUCAACGCAUAGCGAAGCUCAAGAUCGAACCCGUUCGCCGUGGCCGCAAUACCGUUCUCGACGAUGCAGAACUCGACGACACCUUCUCCUACUUUAGGAACUCCCUCGAUGAGUGGAAGGGACUUAACAUGGCCGAAACCUUUACCGCAUUCGCCCGACAGGUUUCCCCGCUUUGCGAAAGCCUACCCCAAUUGCUCCACCACGCCGAUCGCAUCCUCGAUCUUCUAGUAGAAACAAUUGAGAAGGCGGACACAUGGAGUCAAGAGCCAUUGUUGGGUCUCACGGCGCACUUCGCCCACGAUCUGGGCGCAAAGUUUGAAAAAUACUUCGAGCGGGUGGUAAAGACGGUGUCGCAUGUUGCAGCCACCCACCAGGCCGUCGAGGUGAUCGAAUGGAGCUUUUCAUGCCUCGCAUGGCUCUUCAAAUACCUCUCACGACUGCUCGUACCCGACCUGCGGCCCAUAUUUGACUUGAUGGCUCCAUUGCUCGGAAAGGAACACCAGAAGGCAUUCGUUGCAAGCUUCGCCGCGGAGUCUCUUAGCUUUCUCGUGCGCAAGGCUGGCGCCACUUACCACAGAGAUAAGAAGCCCUUGGAAUUGAUCAUCAAACACAUUUCGGACCAAUUGGAGGAACUGCAGGACAGUGAUAAGGACCAUAGCGAGUUCCAGCGCGGUCUCAUGUCUCUAUUUGCGGAUUCAAUGAAAGGUGUGCAGCGGGGACUACAUUCGAGUGCUGUUGCCAUAUUGCAGGAAAUGCUUCGACAAACCUAUCAUCCGGAUCAUGUCGUAUUGCGGGUAUCGCCUCUGGAACCAAUUCUUAAGGGAUCGGUCAUCUCAAUGAUCCAUCAUUCGGAUGCCGAGACUUUCGAAGCUCUGCUUGUGCCAAUUCUGGAACAAGUCAAGAGUGCAGUUUCUGAGACAAGAUGGCUCGGACUCUCAUCCCGGCUCUUGUAUAUUGUUUGCGGUGUGCGAAAAGGAAGCAGGGUGAAGGACUGGCCUUUGGUUUUUCAGACUUUGAAGAGCUUGUUCGAUUCUACAAACCCUCCGCAGCCUUCUGUCAACUUACACAAGCAAGAUUUCCUUGCUGCCGUGGCUGUACUUUUCCAAUAUUGUCCUCUGGAUACAGCUAUUCCUCACGUUCAACUCCUAGAAGUACUCUCCCAGGAUGCCUGGGAAAAUGACUUCUUACCAUUCUGCAAUCUCUUUGCCGACAUAGGAAGUGAGCGCUUCAAAGCCUUGCUGCUUCCCUACUUCAAAAGAUUUGUUGCACAGAAAGCCGAAAAACAUGGACCUGAAAUCUGCACUAUACUGCCUGAACUUCGACGCAACGAGGCUCUGCCUAGCAGCACAAUCAACGUAUCUCCAAGGUGGCAAGAAGCCAUUAUCAAAAGAUUCAAAGAUCUUACAAAGCGCGCUCAAUCAGAUGAUGAUCUCAUACAGGCCUCUCACGACUGUACUGCAUAUCUCGAUGCGUCGGCAACGCUCGAUCUUCGGGACGACAUCAAAGAAAAGAUUCUGAACCAACUCCAACACGUCUUGAAACAGGCAAUUCAAAUCAGUGAUCCAGCCAACGUCCAGCCUCUGCAUAUCCUUGCAACAGGUACAGGAUUCCAGUUUCUAGUUGAGGACAGCCGGCACACGGACGUGCUACUAGAACUUUGGCCCUCGCUAUGCCAAGCCUCUCAGAUCUACGGCAACUAUCCUGCUUUCUGGCAAUCGAUGCUCGCUCUAAUGGAGAAGAACAAGACAUCUACAGCCGUUGAAGGUGCCCACAGAGCUCCAUUCGAAAAGGCCUUGAUGUCUUGUUUAGGCUCUCCAUCCCAUGAUCUUCGACUUGUGGCACUUGGUAUACUUGAACUUCUUGCGACAAAAAGCGAAGAUCAGAAGACAAUUGUGGCGACCGCGAGAAUGAUCGAGGAUACACCCUUGUCCUUGGAGACUGCGCGUCUAGUAUCGAUGCGUAUUCGACAACUUGCGAAGACCUAUCCAACUGUCUGCUCCGAUGAUUGGGUAAGCGAGGCAAUCCCGACAUAUUGCUUCGGUUUGCUGCAUGUCAAGUUCUCUCAAGUAUGGGAUGAUACUUGCGUUGCGCUCAAGGAAAUGUGUAAUACGAAGGAAGGAGAGGGACACAUUACCAGGAUUUCAUUCGAAUGGCUCAACGAACCGGAAUCAACCAAUGACGAAGUGAUAGAGGGCCCUCCGAGUGAACGGCCAAUACCGCGAUAUGCGUCUGAGUUCGAGUGUACAAAUCUCAUGCACCUUGAACGAAAGAGUCGGCAGACCGCAGCAUCAUUUAGCGACCUUGAACUGCGGUUGAAAUCAGCAUUCCAAUCCCGUCACCCACACGUUCCUUUCAUCACUCUUUUCAGCCGAGCUCAGUCCCUGCGAUUGUUGAACACGAUUCCACAGGUGGCUGAGAAAAAAUCGCGUCUUCUGGUGCCAGUUCUCUUGCAAUGGGCAUUGAAUCAUCCUACCGAAGAAUCUGCCGAGGACGAAACCACUGGAGAUGAAACCGAGACGAAUGGGUCCCAUUGGUCAAGGAAGGAUCAAAAGGCAAUGCUCACGGUCUUCUCAAAAUUCAACAAUCCUAGAGUUCUCUACAAAGCCGAGGAUGUGCAUGAAGCACUACUCGUUCUCUUAGGAAACGGAGACGUCGAAAUCCAGAAGGCGGCUUUGAAGGCAAUCAUGACGUGGAAAAAUCCCGCAAUCACUCGCUACCAAGAGAAUCUGUCAAAUCUUCUCGACGAUGCUCGGUUCCGAGAGGAGAUCUCCGUCUUCAUGGACGUCAGCAAAGAGGAUAGCCACUUGCAGAACGAGCAUCGAGCAGAUCUUCUUCCCGUCAUCCUUCGGAUACUUUAUGGAAAAGUGGUUAGUGGAAAGCGCGGCCAGGAGGCUAAGCGCAAGGCGGUGUUCAUUGCAUUGACAAGAUUUGAACAAGACGCUGUGCGCCAAUUCCUCAACAUAGCCUUCGGGCCUAUCGGUAAUGUGUCUAUUGUCGUGGAAGGCGAACUUAAUGAAGACCUCGUCUCGAAAGACCUAGUGACACUGAGGAAGCAAGUUGGUCUCCUGAACAUGCUCGAGGAUAUGUUAAACACCCUGAAAACGACCAUGACUCCAUUUGUCUCUUCCAUUAUCGAUCCUCUCCUGUAUUGUCUCAUCAGAUCCUCCCGACAAUUGACAUCGGUAUCCGCCAUAGAUGGCAGCAACACUACUCGAGAUGAGGGUUUACAGACUUCGCUGCUCAAGACUGUUCGACAAAGAGGAUUCCAUGUUCUGAACAUACUUUUCGAGAACUGUCCAGAGCAUCCAUGGGACAAGUUUAUCCCGGCUAUCGUCCAAGAACUGGCUGUACCUAGGCUCCAACAGCUUCCUAUUGAGACCGCUCAAUCGGUAUCGGGAUUACUCAGACUUUUCGGAGCCUGGUCCAAAUCCCCUAAAACGGCCCUGUUUCUUGUCCAAUAUAAUCAAGAUAUUCUCGUAAAGGUCAUCGACACUUUAGAAGUACCAUCCGCGAAGGAGGAAGUGAAGCAAUUCGUCCUCGAUCAGAUUCUGCGAUCCCUGAUCAGUCUGGGGACGACAGAGAAGCUCGCGGAUAGUCAGGCAGAAGCGCAAGAUAAUAGUGUGCGUACCGACAUAUUACAGAAGUAUGCACCCGAUAUUCUGUCCAAAGUCGGCGAUCUGUUGAAGAAGAGCCCAAGUAAAGAGUUGCUGGAGUCUGCCGUCCACACUGUUGCUGAUAUCGCGCCUCACAUUACUGGGUCUACCGAGUCUCGAGGCUUGAUUGAGAUUGCUUGCUUCCUACUCACACAACCCUCCAAGCGAGUUAACUCUCAUACUAAGCUUGGUCUGCUGAGAAUUCUGUACGAGUUCAUUCCACGUUGCAGCAGCGAAGACCUUAACGAGCUACUUCAGGGUAUCCUUGAUGUUACUUGCUCCUUGUUCGCCUUCGUGAAAGACCGGGCCGCCCGCACUGUGGUUUGUGACGUACUGAAAGUGCUUUCAAGCCACACUCCAGAGCUUGAUAAAGUAUCCCAGCUAUGUUAUGAUCUCAAUGCUUUCUCUACAACACGACUCGAUGAGCCCGAUUUCGAUCGCAGAAGUUCAGCAUUCAACACCAUCAAUCAAGAUCAGGGGGAGAAGUUUUCCUUGAUGCAGUGGAAGCCAAUCGUUUACAACAUGCUGUACCACAUCAAAGACAACGACGAACUAGUCAUUCGAGAUAGCGCGUCGUUGUCUCUACGACGCUUCAUUGACGCUUCAACUGGCAAGGAAGAUUUCAAACCCUUCUUGACUUCCGCUAUCAUACCAGGCCUACAGAACGGAAUGCGUGAGGAUUCGGAACUCGUGCGAAAUGAAUUCCUUGCUGUCCUGUCCCAUCUCAUUAGCACCUUUUCGGAGUGGCCACUGGUCGCUGACAUGCACGUACUUCUCGGCCCAGAUGAUGAGGCCUCUUUCUUUGGAAAUAUCUUGCACAUCCAAGCCCAUCGACGUCUUCGAGCCCUUCGCAAACUUGCAGCAAGCGCAUCAGAACUCAAGAGCGGCAACAUUGCCCAUUUCUUCAUCCCUCUUAUUGAGCAUUUCAUAUUCAACAAGGCUGAGGAUGAAAGCGCACACAAUCUUGCAGGAGAGGCGAUCAAGUCGAUAUCCUCGCUUUCCGAAUGGCUUGAGUGGCCGCAGUUCCGUUCGCUCUUGAGGAGAUUCAUAGGAUAUUUGACCAGCAAGGAAGACCUACAGAAGACAGUCAUUAAGCUGCUUGCAGGCAUGAUGGAUGCUCUCAAUCGCGCAGGACAAGCAAAGGGCUAUACGACUGCCCAGAAUUCGAAUGGGAAUGCCGAUGAAGGCGAUGAGGAACCUGCUGAUGAAAAUGCCAUGGACGUCGAUGUCCCGAAAUCGAUGUUGACCAAAACUCUCCCACAGCAGGAGAAGCUGACCACAGAUCUAUCCAGCAAUAUCCUUCCGCCGUUGACCAAGUUCUUGCACGACAAGGAUGAGGCUACCGUCAGUCUCCGUGUGCCAAUUGCAAUCGCAGUGGUCAAGGUAUUAUUGGUAUUGCCUCCCCAAGAAGUGGAGAAUCGCCUACCAUCUGUCCUGCUUGAUAUCUGUCAAAUUCUGAAGAGCCGCUCUCAAGACGCCAGAGACAUGUCCCGCAAUACGUUGUCAGAAAUCGCACUCCUCACUGGUCCUUCGUAUCUGGGUUUCAUCCUCAAAUCACUCCGUGGCGCAUUGCAAAGAGGUUAUCAACUCCAUGUUCUGUCUUUCACGUUGCACCACAUUCUUGUGAAAUUGACAGACAAGUUGAAGCCUGGAGACCUGGACUACUGCCUGCCUGAAAUCGUAGAUGUCAUUAUGGAUGACAUCUUUGGCGUCACGGGCCAGGAGAAGGAUGCAGAAGAGUAUAUCAGCAAAAUGAGGGAGGUCAAGAGCAGCAAGAGUUAUGAUUCGAUGGACAUCGUCUCGCGGAGCGCAACCCCGUCUCAUUUGGUAGACCUCAUCAUGCCGACAAAGUCACUCCUAUGCGAGAGGAUAACCGCGAAGAUGGUUCAGAAAAUCGACGAACUGCUGCGACGUGUAGGCCUUGGAAUAUUGCAGAACCCUACGGUUCAGGACCGCGACAUUCUGAUUUUCUGCUACGAGUUGAUUCAGGAAGUCUAUAAAACCAAUGCCGCCCCCGUCCAAGUCAAGUCUGACGACUCGAAGAGCCAGAGGUAUAUUAUCAAUAUCAAGGGCGCUGCCAAGUCGGGUGCUCGAGGGUCAACGUCAUCCCACAUCUACAAGAUCACCCGGUUCAGCUUCGAUGUUCUACGUACGGUACUCAAGAAGCAUUCGGAGCUCCAGACACCCCAGAACCUCGCAGGCUUCCUGCCUAUCAUUGGUGAUGCUCUCGUCCAAGGACACGAAGAGGUACAAAUAUCGGCAAUCCGUCUGUUGACAACUAUUAUCAAAACACCUUUGGACGGCUUGGACAAGGACUGUCCCGUCUAUGUGACUGAGAGCGUUCGCAUGAUUAAGGGUGCCCCAUCUUCCAACACCGAACUUGCCCAAGCCUCGCUGAAGCUGAUCUCGGCGAUUCUGCGCGAACGACCCAAUGUAGAAGUCAAAGAGCGUGAUGUUGCACACCUGCUCAAGCGAAUCAUUCCCGAUCUCGACGAGCCUGAUCGCCAGGGUGUUACCUUCGGCUUUGUCAAGGCCGUCAUGAACCGCAAGAUCAUCAUCACGGAGAUCUACGAGGUCAUGGACCGAGUAGCUGCUAUGAUGGUGACGAACCAAACGAGAUCGGCGCGAGAUCUUGCUCGAAGCAACUACUUCCAUUUCCUCAUGGAGUACCCACAGGCCAAGAAUAGGUUCACCAAGCAGCUCGAGUUCUUGAUCCGAAAUCUGCGGUACGACCACGUCGAGGGCAGACAGUCCGUCAUGGAAGCCAUCAAUCUGAUCUUGACUAAGGUCGGGGACAAUGUGCUGCAAGACGUGCUUGGCAUGAUGUUCAUCCCUCUUGUGCACACCAUGGCGAAUGACGACUCGAGCGAUUGCCGCACCAUGGCUGGCGCUCUACUGAAGAAAUUGUUUGAGCGAGCCGAUGCGCAGAGAAUGAAGGGCUUCGUGUCUGACCUACGUACCUGGCUUGAGCAAGACGAGGACAGUGGGUUGAAACGACUGGGCAUUCAAUGCUGGGGUCUCUACUUUGAGGUCGCAGAGUCGAAGCCUUCGGAGUUGGAAUUCGUGCUCACAGAGCUGCAAUCAACCGUGGAAGAGAGCUUGGAGCGACGCGACGAAGACGACUGGGAGCUUCUCUACUACUCCCUGACCGUGUUCCAGAAACUCUGCAAAUCUUCGCCCGACCUUACAUUCUCGUCGGAGGAUUUCUGGGAUGCGAUCCAGACAUGCGUCUCCUAUCCCCACGCCUGGGUGAAGCUCACCGCAGCCAAGCUGAUGGGCAUGUACUUCGCGGACGUGGCCACGACGAACAAGGACAACGGAUUAACCGUCGUGCCCUUGGUCGGCUCUCACGGCUUGCAGCUAACAGAGGUCGACAUGAUCAAACUCACCAACGCGUUCCUGCGCAACCUCGCCGUCUUCGAAGUCACCGAGGAGCUGUGCGCGCAGAGCGUCCGCAACCUGACCUUCCUCGCCCGCUGCUUCGCUGUCAACGGCCUCGACUGGAACUGGCACAAAGUCCACGAAGCCGCCGGCGACGAGAACAACAACGACGAAGACGACGAGGAAGAAGAAGACGCCGCCGCGAACCCCAACUCCGACAACGACUCCUCCACUACAACCACCACGCGCACACCCCCCACCGCAAUCCACCGCCUCAUAACGCGCCUCUCCGCGCUCAUCCGUCGCGAAACCAAGAUCAUGAAAGCGCAGUCCCUGUACCCGAAAACCGCCGUCCUCACCCUUCUCGAAACCCUGACCUCCAACCUGCCCAUCCCACCGCUCCUCCCCUCCCUCCCCCACCUCCUCACCACCCUCUCCAUCCUGACCGACCCGCUCACGCCGGUCCCCCGCUCCACCGACGCAGCGUUCAACGACGCGUACCGCGCGCUCAUCGACAAGGCGCGGGAGGUCAUGCGCACGCUGCAGAAGCGCAUGGGGAGCCAGGAGUACCUGGCCGUCAUUGGCGACGUGCAGAGGGGGAUUAAGGAGAGGAGGGAGGAGAGGAGGCAGAAGAGGAAGAUCGCGGCGGUGGUGGAGCCGGAGAAGGUGGCGAGGGAGAAGAGGAGGAGGCAUGAGGGGAAGAAGGUCAAGAGGAAGGAGAGGGGGGCUGAGAGCCGGGGGUUGAGGAGGGGGUGGUAG